GGGGGGGGGUGGUGGGGGGCGGGGGGGGGGGGGCGGGAAGCAAGACUCCUAGAGUGCGUACUCCAUUUGUACUCCAGCUGUACUCUAACUGUACUCCACCCAUACUCCAACUGUACUCCAGCUGUACUCCAACUAUACUCCAUCCGCACUCUAUCUCUACUCUCCUGUUACCAACUCUGCUGCGGUUCUUGUUUGACAGUAUUCAAUUAAUAGCUUAUAUUCAGUGUAGGUAACACGAAAGAUCUGCAGUUAAGAGAACUGAAUCUUUUUCUAAAUUUAUAUUACUGUUUUCAUAACAAUUUAGCGAUAUUAAGCCUAAUUUUGAUGUGUACUGGAAAAUAUCACCUUGAGUCUAUAAAAUAAAAGCUCGUUUGAAAAUAAAGUACGGGUAUUACAAGGUGCUUUUUGAUCUCUUAAGUUCGAAGGACCAGCAGAUACUUGAAUCCUCUUUUUUAGCAAAUAGGGGUGGCACUUUAACUUUAAACUUUUAAUGUUAAAGUGGUUAAAGUUUAAACUCGCACUUUAAACUUUGAAAGUUAAGGUUAAAGUUUAAAAUAGUACUGAGCUUUAAAAGUUAAAGUUUAAAGCAUAACUUUAAGCUUUAUGAAUGCAAGUUAAAGUAACCAUACUUUAAGCGUUUACUUUAAAACAUUUAAAGUAAAUGGUUUCCUAUAAAACAAAUUUUUCUUAAAAAUUCAUAAAAGUGAAUAAACAUUUAUGAAGGUAUCCAUAAUUGUACAUGCGCCGUGUAACGGGAUCAUUCAUAGGUAAUCUACUAUAUAAAGGGGUACCCUUGAGUCAUCAUCUGUUGUGUAGCAAGGGUACUCAUGGAUCAUCAGCUGCUACAUAACUAGGGUACCCUUGAGUUAUCAUCUACUAUAUAACGGGGAUACCUUUAGAUCAUCAUAUACUAUAUAAUGGGAAUAUCCUUGAAUCAUCAUCUGCUAUAUAACGUGGGUACCCUUAAAUCAUCAGCUUCUAUAUAACGAAGGUAUCCUGGCCUCACCAACUAGUAUAUAAAGGAGAACCCGUACAACAAUGCAUGCAAUAUAUUACACAGCUGCCCAUAUGCCAAUGUAGGCUAUGUAUCGACAGUACUCAUCUGCCUUCAUGAAGUAUAUAGCUUGGUUACAAAUCUUUCAGGGAUUUGAUAAAGAAGUACAAAUAACUGUGCAUGGACAAUAUGAGGAAGUGUGGAGAACUCAUCAACACCUAUUAAACGGUUGGAAUAAUCGGCUCCGCAAUAUCAUCGCAUAGUAGUCUGUGCCUGUGCUCAUGGCGUAUGCAGUGUAGCUUCUCAUAGUCUUCACUGGAUAUCUAGGAAUAGUGACUUUAUGCUGAUAACAGCUUCAAGAAGACAUACAGGAUAAUUCAUGUAUUUUUGCUCAUUUUUAUUUCGACUAUUACACAACGAAGAAAAAAGUUACACCUUCAAACGAUGUUCGAUAUGAAAGCCACGAGCUUUAUAUAUAAGAAAUACUCGUUUUGGCCAGUACGCUAAAACUUUAUCGAUAUAAACUUGAUCAAUCUUUUUCCACUCAUGAAUCAGUUUUUUUUCAGUUCAUUUAAAGUUUCAAUGUUUUGUUUGUUCAGUCGUUGUUUUAAACAUCCCCAAACAGCAUAAUCCGUGGGAGCUGUAUCUGGUGACUUGGGCAUCCAUUCUUCGGGUUUCACAUAAUCAAUCUUUGAUUCAUUCAGAGUGGNUCCUAAUUAUACAGAACGAUAGAGAAUUUCACAAGCUUUCAGAAUAUGUCAUUAUUGAAAAAAAUGCCUUUUUACAGUGACAAUAUGCCCAAAAUACCUUGUGCAAGUAUUUUUUCCACGGGUACAUAUGUAUAUUUUUCGUUACAUAUCUUUCAAUAACAUCCUGUAAGACCUAAUAGCUUCUGAUAAUUAGAUUACACGAGAUGAAAUUAUGAACUACUCAUGAAAUCAUUCACCGGAAGCUUUCAACCAUCACCUAUCUGAUACCGUUUAUACUAAUUAUUCGAUGUUUCAUACAAGAUGGAGGUGUGCGAUAGUGUUAUCAAAUGUCUCAGAUGAUGAGAACAGACUACAGCUCGUUUCAAGUAGAGUUCGAAAUCAAAAAUAGUACUACUGCUUGAAAGUUGUCUUUCAUACUGCAUCCUUUAGUAUUUCAUGCAUUAAUUAGAAUUGUUAUUGAAAGAUAUUUGACUCAUGUAUUUCUUCUAGUAUAUGCAAAUUGUUCUAAUUCUAACAGUUAUUUUCUUAUGUACAACAGUAUUAUGAAAAGAGCACUUCAAUUUCAUUUUAGUUUUUCUUUCUGUUAUCAGCCGAAAAAAAAAUCAUUUAGAAACUCUGCUCUCAUUUUAUUGAGACAAAAUUCAAAGCUCUCUUACAUAUGAUUACUAUAACUACUUUUUUAGAUUACUCAAUGGUACAACUUUUCAAAUUAAACAAUACAGAGCAUCAUUUUUAGACAACUUCCAGGAUUUUUGGUAUAUCAUAGUAGUUUGAUGAAAUACAUUGUAAUUUAUAGUAAGCUAUCGAAAUAAAAUGUGAAUUGUAGCUCAAAGUAUUUGAGAGAUCUUAGUCACUGCGAAAAUUAAUGAUGCAUUAAAAAUAUGGUUCAUCAUUUAUAUUUGUGAAUUUUAUUUAUAAGAGCAAAACAUAGAGAUCAAAUGAACACAAUAUUUCUCUCAAAAUCCAUAAUUAUCUCAAUAAUAAGCAAUGUUUACUUUGUUGUCAUCGUAGUCCAAUGACUAUAUAGCGAUCGGAAAAGUCUUUCGCCAGUUUUGUUUUCCAUUCGAACAAGAAAAUGAGCACAUUUUUCUAUUGAUAGUUUAUAUUCAUCUCCGUGAAAAUUUUCCGACCUAUCGAAUUUUAAUGGUUUUCAUUUUGGUUAUCGAACUAUUCAAACAGAAUGUGUCGAUAUUAAAUGCAUCCCGAUCUCAAUCUGUCAGACUCUUCUGAUGAAAGAAACCAAAGAUCAAAUGAAAAAUGUGUGAGACAAACAAUUUUCUAACUUGAUAGGUUCAUGUAGCUGAAAAUUAAUGCUAAGUGAGAUGGUCAUAGAUUUAAAUUACUCUAUCAGCUACUUGAACUCCGCCAAACGCCCACAAAACAGCUUUAUUGAAUCUAAACCAUAUUCACUAAAAUUGAAGCAAUGUUACUCGACAAACUUGCCAAUUGAGUCAUAAAUGAGACCAUAAGAUAUGAAACUUUUCUAGGAAUGCAAUAUCAAUAGUAAAAAACAAAAUAAAAUAUGACAGAGACAUUAAAAAAAGAAAUAAAGAUCAAAAAGCUUCUUUGUUAAACUGUCAGUUUCUAUAGGACGAAUGAGAAAGAAGAACUUCAGAUUCGGACAUGAACUUACAGUUACUAUUUUACGCGAAGCUGGGUAAAACUCGCAAAUUUCAGAUUCAAAAACUUACGAAGUUUGCCAGACUUUGGAAUAUAUGCAUGGAGUAAAUAGUAAAAAACAAUUUGAUACUAAGCUGAUAAUGUAAGCAAAAGAUUUCUUAUCUGAAAAAAGAUUUAAGCUGGAAGUACUGAUAGUCACAAUAAAGUAUUCACCUUUUAGAAUCAAAAUCGAAGAUUUGUUUGACCUGAGAAAAUUUCUUGCGCCAUGAUAUGAUAAUACAAAAUAGAAAACUUUCAGCUCGAGUAUAAUUACUACUUCUCAUCGGUUGCUGCUUCUCUCGUGAAUUGUAGAUUAGAUAUGUUUUUUCUUUGUUGUAGACAAAAUUGUCUGUCUAUCAACAUCGCUAUCAUUCAAUAAGUUGUUACAGUAAAGCUUCUCUUUGUGAACACCGUCGGGAGAAACCAAAAUCGUUCAGGAUAACAAGGCGAUCGCUUAAGAAAGUUUCAAACAAAAACAAAUCAAUACAUUAGUUAUAGUACUUUUCACAUAUUUGUGCGUGUUUUUUACGUGAUUCACUAGAUUUUUUACUAUUUUCAAGAGAUUACAUAUUGUUACAUAGAUCAAGUUAAACAUUACAUGGGAUCCUACUUAGACAGGUUUAAAAAAGUCACAAAUCGAUCGUUGUUUGGAAAUGUUCGCGUUCAGAUAGACGCUAAUAAAUAAUAGUAUCAUUAAUGUUUUGACUAAAAUCAUCUAUAUACUUUCAUUUCAUAAUCAUUAACAUAUAUGUUGUUUCUUUUCAGAAUAUUUGAAGUAGCACCGAGAGAUACUUGGAACUUGUCUUUUAUUCCACGAAGAGAUAAACCGCGUUCUUUUUCGUUAAUGAGAUCUAUCUUUUGCUCUAGAUCAAGCUCGUUUCUGAAUUUCAAAGCUAAUAUUAAGAUGUGAUGCAGCCAACAGAAAUCGCAAAUAACAUUUUUUUCUUUUCUAUCUAUUGAAUUGCAGAACCCAUCAGAUGGAUAGUAAUAGCCGCCACAUCAUCGUAAAAUUGAUUUAAUUACAUAGCGCUCUCUAUUUUUGUUCAUAAUAGUAAGACUGAAAUAUACAGUUGGGACCAGAAAAAAAACGUUCACAUACUGAAUGAUGGGAUAAUCAUAUAGGAGAGGUCGAAAGCCAGCAAAAUUCGCUCUGAAGAUCGGAGAGUGUUUGGUAUAACAGGUUGAUCAUACAAGAGAGAUGUUCACUAAUAGAAGUUUUACGGUAUUAGUUUUGAAAUUUCCAAUUUGCCAUUGUGCGAUUUUUAAGACUGCGAUCACAUGGGAACACUGCAACAAUGGAAUCUUCUUCUUUAUUUCGUAGUAACACAUGAUAUCACACCCAAAAAACGACAGGAGAAUAUUCAUAUAAUUAUAUGCAUAAGGGCAAUGUAUAUGUCUCAAAGAGAAGACGCAAAUACAAUGAUAUACAUAUAUUGGAUCGAAUGCAAAAGGUAUGGCAGGUUUAAGUGAAAAAGAUGAAGAUAGGUUUAUCGAUGCAAUGACGAGAAACCGUAAAGUUGUACUGUGAUGAUCUGGUAGAAGCGAAAGAGAGAAACUACUGAAAAGAAACUGAAAAAAGACAUGAUAAGAAUACUAUGAAGACGAAAGCAUGUCACAAACACCGAUACAACAUCAAACAUGAAGAGACUGUGUUUAUGAAUGACAUUCAUACGAAAUGUCGAAAAUUUGGCGCCUUUUACUCAUUGUGCGUGAAAUGUUGAACCAUCAAGUGUACUUGCAUGUCCUUCUCCAGUUCGUAUGAAGCAUUUCAAGAACACUGCCUUGAACUGUUCGCGAAAGCUUUUGGAUACAAUGAUGUAUAAAUAGAAUGUAAUGCAAUAAUUUAAAUAAAACAAGAAUAUACGUGAUACAAAAUUUGUGAAGGACUCGAUCCUGAUGCGGUCUAAGCUCUUGUUCGAUAUGUUACUUGUGAGUACAAGGUAUAAAGCUUGAAUCGGGUAUGAAAAAGACAGAAAGAACCCAACACAUACUUCUGCUAAGACAACCUUUAAUAGAUUCACGUCACGCUUGUGUAAAAUAGGCUGUCGUGAGUUGGUAGAUCCAGGAAGAGGUUGAACACGGGAGCGAAUGCUUCUUAAAUUCUUCUGAAUGAGAUUGGCGAAAAUAAUCAUCAGGAUCGGUAGAAGGAGUCCAAAAAUAAAGAUCUGAUAUAUACUAAAGAAAAUCCCAUAAGUUCCGGAAAUACCACAAACACCAUUUGUGAUGGUCUGAAAUAUGGGUAGAUGGAUUGAAAUUAUCAUCCAGAAAAGAGUUGCACCGACGACCAUCUUUAUUGCAACUUUGGGCUUGCUGAAUGAGCGAAUAUACGCGUUAGUCGAGCUCAAUGCACAACGGUCAGCACUUGCCAGUACAAUCAUUGUUCGAUACAAAACGGAGGAUAUUUGUAAGAUGUAACCUCGGAUGCGGCAAAGCGGCAGUGAAAUACUGAAUGGAUCAGGGGAAUAAUAGGCAGUAUACACAUUAGUGAACGGUCCCCAGUUGACGCCAAGAAGACUGAAGACAGCAGCAGACAACAGGUAAUAUGAACAGGAACUUUGUCGAAGAUGUUUUUGUGUGAAUGUGACAAUGAUAGAUAUAUUACCGAAAUUACCUAGUGCCACUAAGACAGGAAACCCAUAGCGUAUAAAAGAUUGCUGUAUGAUAGGAAGAAUAUCAGUUGCAGAAGGCAUAACGCUGAGCGGUUCACGAUGUGUCUUGUAGGAGUCUGUGAAUUUAUCAAUGUGAAAAGAGAUAAUACAGCAGUCAACUUUUUGAUUCUUAACAAGAGAAAUGCGAGGAGAAAAAAGGGAGUCAUCAAAAUUAAUUGAAUUAAUGAACUGCAUCAACGGCAAAGUCAAGUGAUUAUAUUAAAUUUGUAAAAAAACACUUCCGUUGCCUAAUGAAGAUAUUGCGGAAGAACGAUAAUAAAAGAAAUGAAUACGUUUAGUCAUUUUUCAAGGAUACUCAAAUAUCUUACUAAUUUACUCAUGAAUGUGCAAUAAUGACUCUUGAUUGUUUCAGAAGCGGACAAAGUUUUACUAACUCGGAUGAAUCCUUAUUUCAUGUACGCGUUUAGAACAGGAAAAUAUAUGAGUGAAUUGCGCUGAGAUUGUACGGUUGUUCUGCGAACACAAAAAAUCUUAUAACUCCACUUCCAGUCAAUCGAUUUGGACAAUAUUUUUUUUGAAAUGCUCCAUUCAUUUCAUCCUACUUACCGCAAAACUAUCAAGGUUUUUGGUUGCAUGGUUAAGAAUUUUUCAAGCAUGAAAGAUUAUACUGAAAGCUGUUCGACGGCAUCUAUCGACGGAAAUUUCUUUUUAUAUCCUUUAAUUCUGACUGGAUAAAUAGAAUUUUUUAUGGCGAUUGGUAGCUGGGGUUCUCCACUUUUUGACAAUAUAAAUUGAUCAAAACUUCGAUUUUUAUUUCCUGAUCAAAUCUCGCAAAAAUAUCAAAACAUACACUUUGACCAUUUUUUGUCACAACAGAUUAAAUUGCAGCUACUAAAGACUAUUUUCAAGCUAACUCAAAUUUCUUUUUGUUGCUUGAUAGAGUAAAGAGACAGAAACAUUUUUAUGAAAAAGGAAAUAUCAAAAAUAUUCAAGAUCAAACAAAAAAGUAAAAAUGAAACAGAUAGAUAGCGAUUAUCGCACUAAAUGUCACGACAGAUUUUUAAUUUUGAUUCUUUGAUUUCUCGCUAACUAUAAGCGGAUAGUCAAUGUUUUUUUUAUCUUUUUUGACUGGCUUUAUGGUGCAUCUGUGGUAAAAAUUUGAGCUCUUAACUAAGUAUCGUUCACGAGAAAAUAGUAUUUUAGUCAAAAAAUGUCACAACAGAUUUUUUCGUAUCAAAAUGUCACAACAGAUUAAAAUGAUAGAUAUUCAGAGAAAACAAAAAUUUAUUUAGUUUUCUUUCACUUGUCAUAACUUGUAUUGACUAAGAGACGUUUAUAAAUAUAUUUCUGAGGAUCCUUAAUGCCUUGAACGACCGAAAGUUCUGCCUUUUUCUUAUUUACUACCAUGCAAAAUGCUUAUAUGCUCUAAGAAACUUAAACUGUUCAUAAAAGCUGGUAUCUGACCAUCUACAAAUUUAAACAUUUUUUUAUUUGGUUUCAGAUUAAGUUAUUGCUUUCAAGAUGAGAGGGAAGAAGAAAAAGGAAAAAUAAUAAUGCUACAUAUUGCCAAAGAUAUCGUCAGAAAAUUCAAUUAAAACGUUUACAAUCAAAACGUUUUGAUAAAAACUAUAGAAAAUAUACAGCAGCGAGACAAGCAUUAUAUCGAACAAAGAAGAAACAACAACAAGAACAGCAACCUAUACAAUCAACAUCAACAAUUACAGUAUCAAAAAGUGAUCUUCGAAAGGGUGAAGGUAUCCAACGUCGUCGUCAAAACACAAAAAAAUUUAUAUUAGAGAUAAAUAAAUUACAAAAUUCCAAUAAACAAUUACAAAUGGAAAAUAAGAAAUUGAAAGAACAACUAAUCUGUUUGACAUCAUCAUCAUCAUCAUCAUCAUCAUCAUCAUCAUCAUCAUCAUCAUCAUCAUCAUCAUCAUCAUCAUCAUCAUCAUCAACAGCAACAACAACAUCAUCAUCGUCAUCCAAACAAUCAAAUGCAGAUAGUACAACAACUAUAUCACCAUCAACACUUUUUUUUUCAAAAUCUUAG